AUGCUAGCCCAGCUCGUAGCAGACGUUUGCCCGUCGUCGGCCUCUUUCUUCGGUUUCAUGGGCGUUGCCUCCGCCCUCGUCUUCGCCAAUCUGGGUGCUGCAUACGGCACGGCCAAGUCAGGCGUGGGCAUCGCAUCCAUGGGUGUAAUGCGGCCCGAGCUGGCCAUGCGUAACAUCAUUCCCGUGGUUAUGGCCGGUGUGCUGGGUAUCUACGGUCUGAUUGUGGCGGUGAUUAUUCAGGGCUCGAUCGACCCUCCGAACGGCAACGCGCCGAAGUACGGCUCGUACACGGGCUUCGCACACCUGGCUGCUGGUUUGUGCUGUGGUCUGAGCGGUCUGGCGGCCGGUAUGGCUAUCGGAGUGGUAGGUGACGCCGGCGUACGCGCCGUUGGCCAGCAGGAGAAGCUUUUCGUGAACAUGAUCCUGAUUCUGAUUUUCGCGGAAGCUCUGGGUCUGUACGGCUUGAUCGUGGCGCUGAUUCUUUCACAGAAGAAGAGCGACUGCCCGUCGGAGUAA